GUGAUGGACGGCUGUUCGCUGAGAUCCUCGGCUUCAGAUAGGGUUUAUUAUUUUUAUUAUAUUUUUAUCAUUCACGUGCAGAGACCUAGAACAAAUGUUUUCCCGUCCUGAACCGAGUCCUUCCCGUCCGGGUGCGCGGGGCGGCGGUGGCCGGGCCGGGUCAGCCCGGGGCUGCGCGUCCAGGGUGGGGUGGGAAAUCUAUUUCGGGCGUAAACACCAACAAAAGCACGGUCGUCGAACCGCGCGUCCGUCGUGUCCCGAGCGCGGAAUUUAUUGCUUCUACAGGCGCUCGGUCCCCUGGGUGGGCAGGCGGCCGGGACGGCGACCCUUCCUGCCUCGGGGGCGGUGGCAGGAGACGUUCCCCCUUCCCACGCUCCUUCCCCCGCCUUGGGCAGCACUUUGAACGAAGAUCGCCGGUGGGAGAGAUUCCUCCCGCCGCCUGACGGAGGAGCGAUCACUGCUUGAUGAGCUGCAGCUGAAAUAUUUGACACUUCACACUUAUGCCAUUGGAGAUGGAGCCCAAAGCCAAUAACCUCGUUUUUGGGUGUCAGCGAAGCUCAACCUCUGAUGAUGAUUCUGGCUGUGCCUUGGAGGAAUAUGCCUGGGUCCCCCCAGGCCUCAGACCAGAGCAGGUCCAGCUGUAUUUUGCCUGCUUGCCAGAGGAGAAGGUUCCUUAUGUUAACAGCCCUGGAGAGAAACAUCGGAUUAAACAACUUCUCUAUCAGCUGCCACCCCAUGAUAACGAGGUGAGAUACUGCCAGUCGUUAAGUGAAGAGGAAAAGAAGGAGCUGCAGAUGUUCAGUUCCCAGCGCAAAAAGGAGGCACUGGGACGAGGCACUAUUAAACUGCUCUCCAGAGCAGUGAUGCACGCCGUUUGUGAGCAGUGUGGUACAAAAGUAAACGGCGGUGAAGUUGCAGUUUUUGCCUCAAGAGCUGGUCCUGGUGUGUGCUGGCAUCCCUCCUGUUUUGUGUGCUUUACAUGCAAUGAGCUUCUUGUUGACCUUAUCUACUUCUACCAAGAUGGAAAAAUUCACUGUGGCAGGCACCACGCUGAACUUCUCAAGCCUCGAUGUUCAGCCUGCGAUGAGAUAAUUUUUGCUGAUGAGUGUACAGAGGCUGAAGGUCGCCACUGGCACAUGAAACACUUCUGCUGCCUCGAGUGUGAAACAAUCCUGGGUGGACAGAGGUACAUCAUGAAGGAUGGGCGGCCAUUCUGCUGUAACUGCUUUGAAUCUCUCUAUGCAGAAUACUGUGAGACCUGUGGGGAACACAUUGGUGUUGACCAUGCUCAGAUGACCUAUGAUGGACAGCACUGGCAUGCCACAGAAACUUGCUUUUCUUGUGCUCAGUGCAAGACCUCUUUGCUUGGCUGUCCUUUCCUUCCAAAGCAAGGGCAGAUUUACUGUUCAAAAACCUGCAGCCUGGGAGAGGAUGUUCAUGCCUCCGACUCUUCUGAUUCUGCGUUCCAGUCUGCUCGAUCCAGAGAUUCCAGGAGGAGUGUCCGCAUGGGAAAAAGCAGCCGGUCAGCCGACCAGUGUCGCCAGUCUCUCCUCCUGUCACCAGCCCUCAAUUACAAAUUUCCUGGCCUUUCAGACAACGCUGAUGAUACUCUUUCUCGUAAGCUGGAUGAUUUAAGCCUUUCAAGGGAAGAGGCAGGCUUUGUUAAUGAAGAUUUCUGGAAAGGAAGAGUAGAGCAAGAAAUGCCUGAAGACCCUGAAGAAUGGGCUGAACAUGAAGACUACAUGACUCAGCUUCUUCUGAAGUUUGGUGAUAAAACCCUCUUCCAGCAACCCACUGAAGCAGACAUUAGAUCAAGUGAACACUGGAUUUCUGAUAGCAUGGUCAAGAGCAAGUUUGACUUGGAAAAAAAUAAUCCAAGCCUAGCAAGUAAGAAGUAUCAGUCAGACAUGUACUGGGCCCAGUCACAAGAUGGUUUGGGAGACUCUGCAUAUGGCAGCCACCCAGGCCCUGCCAGCAGCAGGAAAAUCCAGGAGCUCGACAUGGAACAUGGGGCCUCAGGAUACAAACACGACCAAACAGCAUGGUAUGGAGGUUCACUCGAAUGUUUGUCUGACCUGAAACAGCAAGAACAAAGUGUUCGAGACUCAAUGGAUUCCUUGGCUCUGUCUAACAUAACAGGGGCUUCAAUGGAUGGAGAAGGCAAGCCACGGCCAUCUCUCUACUCUCUGCAAACUUUCCAAGAACUGGAGGUGGAGGACUGUGAGAAGAUGAGCAACAUGGGAACACUGAAUUCUUCAAUGCUCCAUCGGAGUACUGAGUCCUUGAAGAGUCUGAGCUCAGAGUUGUGUCAGGAAAAAGUGUUGCCAGAGGAAAAGCCAGUGCAUGUGCCUGUACUGAGACGAUCUAAAUCCCAGUCUAGACCACAACAAGUGAAGUUUUCAGAUGAUGUUAUUGACAAUGGAAGUUAUGAGAAUCUUGAAAUCCGUCAGCCUCCAAUGAGUGAAAGGACUCGUAGGCGUGUUUACCAUUUUGAAGAGCGUGGAAAUCGGCCUUCCCACCAUCGCAGAAGAAGUAGGAAGUCUCGUUCAGAUAAUGCACUUAAUUUGGCCACAGAGAGAAGAUGCUCUCCAAGAGAGAGAUUUCGUUAUUACUCCCCUCAGGAUCAUGAAAAAUUUAUUCAGAAUAGAAGCUCACGUGAGCUUCGGGCCUAUAUUCAAAAUGCGGAGCUGUACGGACAAUAUGCCCAUAGCAGGUCUGACUAUGCACUGCGGAAUCAGGUGGUUGAUAAGUUUUUUGGAUUGUAUGGUGAGGAAGAUGACUCCUGGUGUUCAACUUCAUCCUCAUCAUCAGAUUCUGAAGAGGAAGGAUAUUUUCUAGGACAGCCAAUUCCACAGCCACGGUCAUUGAGAUAUCCGUACUAUACAGAUGAUCUUUCUGGUCCAACUACUGCGUUAUCUAGUUCUCAGUUUGGACAAAGGACAACCAAAUCAAAGAAGAAGAGGGGACACAAAGGAAAGAAUUGUAUUAUAUCGUAAUUAAUUACUAAUAUUUCUUAAUUGGGAGGACCAGUCAAUUCUGUAGCUACAGUCUGAACCACAUCUUUUUUUAUUAAUAAUUGUACUUAGGCAAGUUGCUAAAGUUCAUAAUGCUUUGCC